GGCAGCGCGGCGUCGGGGCGUCCCCGCGCAGACAUGAGCGAGUUCGGGGCCGGCGCGGAGCUACCGGGCUGGGUGACGGAAAGCCGCAGCCGGGGCGAGUUCUUUUCCCCCGAGGAGUCGCACGCGGCGGCACCUGCGGGGUUCCUGCAAGAGCUGCCCAGCUACCGCUCCGUGCUGAGGCGCCGGGCCGCCGCCGGAGACGUCCAGGAGCGGUGGGGGAACCUGCGGGGAAUCGCCUCUGCGGAGCGCCGGGAGCCGCAGCCCGACGGAGGGGAGCGAGGGGCCAUUCCCCUCUGGGAGCUGCCCUUUAGCAUCGCCGAGAAGAGGAGAAUAAGAGAUCUUCAGCAGGGUGAUAUAAAAUAUUCUUCUGGAUGGAAUCAUUGGAAAAGAACUAGUAGUAAAUCAUGGAAAAAAGCUCUCAAGGAUAUCAAAGAGUUGUCAUCUUACAUGCAGCUUUGGCGGCAUGAUAUUCACAGCAUCGAAGGGAAAUUUGGUACUGGCAUCCAGUCCUACUUCUCCUUCCUGCGUUUCCUGGUCCUGCUGAAUUUCUUAAUGUUCAUCCUGAUGUUCAGCUUUGUUACGCUUCCUGCUGUCAUCUCUAAUUACGGAAUUUUCAACAGUAGCUCGACUAAAAUUUCUCCAAAUAACACAGAGCCUUAUUGCACAGUUUAUACACCUAGUGGUAAUAAGGGACUUGUUUACUUCUAUACUUACCUCAAAGAUUUGCUCACUGGCACUGGUUUCCUGGAAGUGACGGUUUUGUUUUAUGGCUAUUACACAAUAGAUGCUGCGUGGUUUAGUGUCCUGAGAUAUAACUUACCGCUAGCAUACUUGCUAACUACAUUUGCCUACCUUGCACUAAGUUUUGUCUGGAUAAUCAAAAGAUCUGUGGAAAGAUUUAGGCAGCACUUGGUGCAUGAUGAAGAUCAGUUUCAGAGUUAUUGCAACAAAGUCUUUGCAGGCUGGGACUUCUGCAUUACAGAUCUAAAUGCAGCACGGCUGAAGCAUCGCAGCUUGCUAUAUGAGCUCCAAACAAACUUGGAGGAAGAAAGACUGAAGCAAAAAAUAGCUGAGAGGACUAUGAAAGAAAAGCUACGGAUCUACUCUCUGAGAAUAUUUAUAAAUAUAAUUGUCAUUGCAGUUUUGUCAGGGUGCUUUUAUUCUAUUUAUAGAGCAACUGUCUUCUCUCAAGAAAACUCCAGUAACAUCAGCAUUGUGGGCUUCCAGGCUAAUCUCUUAGUUCAGUAUUUGCCAUCCAUCGUGAUCACAUCGGCCAACUUCAUUGCUCCUCAGAUCUUUUCAUUUCUGAUCGCAUUUGAAGAUUAUUCAGCAGCCUUUGAAAUCAGGCUGACACUGAUCAGGUGUGUCUUUGUGCGGUUGGCUAAUGUUGGUGUUCUGUUGUUCUCACUGUGGAGUCAGAUCCACUGUGACAAUGACCAGUGUAAGGCCUGUGGAUACGAUUACGAACUCUAUCCUUGCUGGGAGUCUGCAGUUGGGCAAGAAAUGUAUAAACUGCUGAUAUUUGAUUUCAUGAUAAUUAUUGCUAUGACCCUGUUUGUGGACUUUCCUAGGAAGUUACUAGUUACUUAUUGCUCUUGGAAGCUAGUUCAGUGGUGGGGUUUGCAGGAAUUUGGAAUCUCUGACAAUGUCCUGGAAAUCAUUUAUGGACAGACGAUCUGCUGGAUUGGAACCUUCUUUUCACCACUUCUUCCUGCAAUAGCAACUAUAAAAUACUUCAUCAUCUUUUACAUUAAAAAGAUCAGUUUGAUACACACGCGUAAACCUGCAAGUAGGCCUAUCAGAGCAUCAAGUUCCAAUUUUUUCUUCUUGGCGGUGCUGUUGAUUGGGCUCAUCUUAGCUUUUGUUCCUUUGGGAGUCAGCAUAGCACUUAUCUCCUCUUCCAAGGCAUGUGGGCCAUUCAGGAAUUUUAAUACUUCCUGGGCCAUUGUUCCAUAUACAAUACUUGAGUUUCCAAUAGGUCUGCAGAAAUUCCUUUAUGGCAUAGCAUCAGAAGCCUUUGCAGUGCCUUUUUUUGUGAUUGCCUGCCUCUUUAUGUUCUAUUUUAUUGCCUUGGCUGGAGCGCACAAAAGAGUGGUUGAGCAGCUAAGAGAACAACUGGUUACGUCAUGGAUUGUUUCCUUCUCCACCGUCAGAGGCAGACACCCAACUUCUUGCCCUUCACUCCAAGUCUGUGUUUGUACUUUACCAUGUCUGGACUUUUUCUUGAGUGGAAGUCCCAGCACUGCCUGCAACAAGUACUUAAGGUGGAACAAAUCAUGGCUAACUAGUCUUUGGAGAAUGUUGCCGGUGCUGACGUGCUUAUUUGCAGCCAUCAAAAGCUACUACUGUUUGUCAGGAGAGUCGUGACAAGUUGUUCCUACUUGAAAAACUAUCAGAAGCUCAGAAAAAUUCUGGAAAACCACAAAAAGCUAGAAGUUGACUUCUUCUGGCUCCUGGAACCACUAGAUAAGGGUAGAUGAUCUGCAGCGUGUACAAAACAGAGAAGCUGACCAGCACUGCAAUCUGUGUAGUGGAUGCUUAACGUUCUUUUUAGUGUUGAUUAUGCUAGUGGGCCUUAGAGUUUCCAAGACUGGAGGUUUAGCUUAUUUGUACCAUUUUAGACCUGUUCAAAACAUUGUAUGGCCGGACUCUUUAUUGCUGCUACCAUUUCAGAGCUGUUAGGGUUUGUGAUAAGUUCCUGGUUUGUUUGUAUUUUUCAGGAGUUUGGGGCAAAAUGUGAUUAGAACUGAAACUAUUUAAAAACUCUGUACUGUUUUUAUAAAUUAUACUUGUAGGAAUUGGGGUGGGGUGAGUGGGUGGGGUGGUAUAACAUUUCCCACCCAGAUUUCUGUUAAAACAAAAGCAAAAGAGACUCAUGUGAGUAUUUUGAAAUAGCACUGUUGAACACUAGAUGAAGAAAACAAGCAGGAGGAGGACCUGGCUGCUGCAUGCUGCAGUCUGUGCUCUGUGGUACCCAUCUCACUGGUGUGCAGGAGCCUCUUUUAAACGGGUAAGACUUUACUGCUUGCAUUUCAGUUUUGAACAAGUGCCUUGAAUGGUGCUCUGUGUUCUAAAAUGUGAGUAUUUGGGAGUUAUUUAUUGUUCAGAAAUGCAGCAUUCAGGAACUCAGAUGCCACUAUCCUUUAAAUUCUUGCUUAAAUGGAACAGUGGAGCUGUGUGACUCAGAACAAUGUUUCCAUGUAGCCUACAAACUUUUCCCUUUAUUUAAAGGCUGUUUUUCUCCAGAUUGCUCUAUAAAGAAUUGUGUGCAUUACUUGAAAUUCCUGGUAAUACACUGGCACUUAAUGUGAGAUACUUUUUUUUCUGUGAUGUUUUGUAAUGUUUUCGGUCCUCACUUGUGAAGAAAUUAAAAUGUAAUAAAUCAAUUUUAAAAUCUAGUACCUGAUUUUUUUAAAGAAAGUUUUAUUAAACGGUGGAAACUUA